UGAAAAACGAAAAUUUAGCAAAAAAAAUCAUUUUGCGAUUGCGAAGAGAUCCAAGAUCGUCUCGAAGCACGAGACUCUGUGAUUCGUUGAUGAAUUGAAGGAAUCAGAUUUCAAAAUUCGAAGAUCUAAAAACUUAGAGAUGAUGGAGGGAGACAAGGAAAGGGUGUUUCAUUCAUCAUCAUCAUCUUCUUCUUCGUCCUCUGCCGCGUCGUCCCUCGCAGCGAAGGCGAUUAGAGCAUCCUCUGCGCAUAGAGACUCCUCUCUUUCCUCCGCCUACUCUUCUCCUCCCGUUCCCACUCCCCCAAAGGAGGUGGUGAAGAAGCCUUAUGAGUACACGUCUAUGAAAAGUUUGAACGAACAACCAAAACGUGGCUUUUGGGGAAGUCUAGCUAGUAAAGCAAAGGCUCUUUUAGAUGAGGAUCAUGAUCAAUCACCACCCACGAGAAUGGAGGAAGAGCACAACAACAUGCCUUCUUCUUCCACUUCAGAAACUAAAGAAGGUGGUAGGAAAACAGAGAACCCUUCAUUACAGAGAAGCUUAGAUGCCAUCACCUCUUCCUUUAACUACAUUGGCACUGCUGUUGAGGAGGGUAUCACAGCUGUGGAGAACCGUACGGCUGGCAUCAUUCAAGAAACUCGUAAAAAGAUUAAGAAAAAGCCUAGUCUUCCGCGGAACAACCCUGAGAUCCAAGCCGAUUUGGAGAUUCAACUCAAGGCUUCUCGCGACGUUGCAAUGGCCAUGGCUGCCAAGGCAAAGCUUCUCCUUAGGGAGCUGAAGAUGGUGAAAUCCGAUCUGGCCUUCGCAAAGCAACGGUGCGCUCAGCUCGAAGAAGAGAACAAGGUUCUGAGGGAGAAUCACAACGGAGAAAACAGCCAAACGGAUAACGAUGAUCUGGUACGACUUCAACUUGAGACGUUAUUGGCUGAGAAGGCUCGGUUAGCCCACGAGAACUCGAUAUACACACGGGAAAAUCUCUAUCUGAGAGGUGUAGUCGAAUACCACCAGCUCACGAUGCAAGAUGUGGUCUAUUUCGAUGAGAGGACUGAAGAAGUAACUGAGGUAUAUCCCGUUAGUUUCACGUCAGUGUCUUCUUCAUCAGAUAUCUCUCUCAAUCCUCCAAACCCACAAGUCUUGGAGUUCAAGUGAGACCACUGUUUACUCUCUUCUUGUAGUGAUUCAGACAACAAAGACAAGAUCGUUUGUCUGUAAUUGCUCUGUACCUGUAGAAACAUAUGUACAUUGUAUUCUCUUCUCAUUCAGGGUGGGGGUAGUUAUGAAUGUUAUUUAUACCCUUAUUAUUAAUAAAUAAAACUAAAAGAAUGUUCUAUAAUUCCCAUGAAAUAUUAUUUGUUUUAGAUAAA